AUGCCCUCCAUUACCUCAGACUCAGACCUCGAGAAGCAUUAUCGUUCCUAUAUCGAUGCCAUAAACACUAUCACCUCGCUCCCUUCCUCUGUCCUCAACCCCUACUUGGGAGAAAAGAUCAUCAACCAUAAUGAUCGAGCACUGUCGUCAGAGCAAUACCAUCAGCUGAUCAUACCUAAAUCUGUCUUCAAGGUUGAGGACGUAGUAACCAGUGUGGAGGAUAGAAGGGUAGCAUCGAGGUUGGAAAUUGCUCUUGGAGAUGGCACGGGCAGGGUGGUGAAGGAACAUGUUUUUUAUCUGUUCGAUGAGAAUUGGAGAAUUGUAAGAGUCUGGAGUAUGGUUGAAGGAUUAUAG